AACAGACGGAGCCCCGCCCCAGAGGGACCCCUAGGUCCGGCAGGGACAACCAGCCACGCCCCAGAGGGCUCCCGGCAUCCCGCGUCUGGAGCCCAGCGCUCCAGAGGAACCUCCGUGCCCAGCCGGGGGCUACCAGCCUAGCUAAGGGGGCGCCGCCCAGGAGGGUCCCCCGCGUCCCGCGGGCCCCGGCAGGAUGCACGCCGCCCUGGCGGGGCCGCUGCUCGCCGCCCUUCUCGCCACCACCCGCGCCCGCCCGCAGCCCCCGGACAGAGGACAGUGCCGGCCGCCCGGAUCGCAGAGGGACCUGAACUCCUUCCUGUGGACUAUUCGCCGUGACCCCCCGGCCUACCUGUUUGGCACCAUCCACGUCCCCUACACCCGCGUCUGGGACUUCAUCCCAGACAACUCCAAGGCGGCCUUCCAGGCCAGCACCCGCGUCUAUUUUGAGCUGGACCUGACGGACCCCUACACCAUCUCAGCACUGGCCAGCUGCCAGCUGCUGCCGCACGGCGAGAACCUGCAGGACGUGCUGCCCCACGAGCUCUACUGGCGCCUGAAGCGCCAUCUGGACUACGUGAAGCUGAUGAUGCCGUCCUGGAUGACGCCUGCGCAGCGCGGCAAGGGGCUCUACGCCGACUACCUGUUUAAUGCCAUCGCUGGCAACUGGGAGCGCAAGAGGCCAGUGUGGGUGAUGCUCAUGGUGAACUCGCUCACGGAGACGGACGUGCGCUCCCGGGGCGUACCCGUGCUCGACCUCUACCUGGCCCAGCAGGCUGAGAAGAUGAAGAAGAGCACCGGGGCCGUGGAGCGCGUGGAGGAGCAGUGCCAUCCGCUCAACGGGCUCAACUUCUCCCAGGUGCUGUUUGCCCUGAACCAGACCCUGCUGCAGCACGAGAGCGUGCGGGCCGGGAGCCUGCAGGCGCCCUACACCACCGAGGACCUCAUCAAGCACUACAACUGCGGGGACCUCAACGCCGUCAUUUUCAACCACGACACGUCCCAGCUGCCCAACUUUAUCAACACCACCCUCCCGCCGCACGAACAGGUGACAGCCCAGGAGAUCGACAGCUACUUCCGCCAGGAGCUCAUCUACAAGAGGAACGAGCGGAUGGGGAAGAGGGUCAUGGCGCUUCUGCAGGAGAACGAAGACAAGAUCUGCUUCUUUGCCUUCGGAGCAGGUCACUUUCUGGGGAACAACACGGUCAUCGACGUCCUUCGGCAGGCAGGGCUGGAGGUAGAGCACACGCCCGCUGGGCAGACCAUCUACAGCCCUGUAACCCAGAGCCCAAUACCUCCACCUGAGGGGACUUCUGUAAGCCCCGCCCCAGCGACCCCAGCUGCUGCUGUCCCCACGGCUCCCUCGGCGACCCCCACCGCCCCGCCAGAGGAGGAGGACCCAGCCCUGUCCCCACACCUCCUGCUCCCCGACAGCCUCAGCCAGCUGGAGGAGUUUGGGCGGCAGAAGAAAUGGCACAAGCGACAGAACAAACACCAGCGGCCGCGGCAGUUCAAUGACCUCUGGGUCCGCAUCGAGGACAGCACCACUGCCUCGCCACCCCCGCUACCCCUCCAGACCACGCACAGCUCCAGGACCGCCAAGCCCCCCUUCCAGCUCUCUGACCCGCUCCAGCAGCAGGAAGAGCCGGAGCCGGCCAGCAGCUCAGUGUCCGGCCAAUCCCAGCCGGCCCUGGGCCUCCUCCCCGCCGUGGUGGCCAGCAUCGCAGCCCCCUUCCUCCUGCACACCCUCCGGCCCUCCUGACCUCGGCCGCCCGCCCAGUGCAGAGAAAGAAGCCAGAGAAACAACAGGAGGGUCUGCGGCCACACCCACUGCCCCUGCCAGCACCUGCAGGGGUGCCUGACACUCACGGGCAGUCCAGAUGGGAUCCGUUAGAACACUAGAGCUUUAUUGUACCCGAGUUACAUCUUCUUUUUUGUAGAAGGAUCUUAAUUUCCCAUAGUGCUAUGGGACUCUUUUGUAAAAUAUGUGUCCAUGUUAAAACAAAAAAAUGUAUUUAUUCUACCGAUAAAACUAUUUUUAUGUGGCCAAUGUUAAUAACCCUUUAACUAGCCCCAGUGCCAACCCAGGAGGUGAACCCAGGUUGCCAGGACAUCUAUGACCUCAUGAGGACUUUGAACUGGCUGGCUCCUGGAUCAGUGGAAGCCUCCAGUGUCCAGGUUUGGCUUACCCCACUGUGGGGACCUCAGAGGGAGGGGCAGGCAGACAGUCUUAGCUUUUGUGAAGCUGGAUUUGGGAGCCAGAGAUGUGAACGCUGACGGUCCUUCCUUCCCCUGGACGCAUCCUGGGGCUGGGAAGAUACUUUAGGAAAGAGAAUGCUGCUAUUUUGAAAACCCUGAGUGUCUGUGAACUGGCCCUCCAGAGCUCUUGGUAAGUGUUUCGACCAAAGCACUGGGAUGGGGGGAGGGAUACUGGUGCUGAGGGAGGUGGUCCCUCAGCCCCAUGUGACAGAUGGUUAAACGGAGCUGGUUAAACUCACCAAAGAGAGGAAGGUGGUUGCCCAAGGUCACAAAGCAAGCGGGAGAUCCAGGUUGUGAGUCCAGAUCUCCCUGUUCUGGUACCAUUCAUCCACCUUGGCUUACAGGAGAGGCUGCUGAAGCCACGGCCAAAGGGAGUAAGCUGGGCCGAAGGAUAGGAGUGGGCACUGAAGGGCAGUUUUAGGGAUAGGCUCUGGGAGUCCUGUGAUAAUAAUACUCAGAAUGAGAGCUGCCUUUUGUCCAAAGCCUGUAGUGCGGCAGGCGCUGUGCACAUUCACUUCAUCACGGAUCCUCAUGGCAGUUCUGUGAGAUGUGAUCAUCUCCAUUUCACAGAUGAGGAAACUGAGCCCCCAUAAGAGAUAAAAGGACUUGUUCAGUGUCACCCAGGCAGAAUGUGGCCUUAGAUCUAUCAUGUGGUCUUUGCCCAGGGAAGCUCUGAGGGAAGCAGUUCUCCCCCCAGUGGGCCAGCACACACGUCUUACUCUAGCCAAGGAGACCGCCUGGCCAAAGUUAUCAUGUUGGUCCCUCUAGCCAAAGGGCUCAGGCAGCAGGCCUUGCCAUGUGUCCCAUGUCCCGACUGGUCUUAUCUUGGAGCCAAUGAGAGACUUUCCCUCCAAAUCAGAGGUGGGGGUGGAGGACAGCUGUGAUCGGUCUGGAGAGGCCGAGGAGCCCAACACAGACAGGCCACUGAGACUCAGAGAAACAGACCUAGUUCCUUGGCCCCCAGAGUGGUGGCCAAGAAGGCAGAGGACCCAGGUUGGCUUCCUCCCAGCCCUGAACCCUCUCUGGGCUGGCAGCUCAUCAAUUUCAGAGUUCUGGAACCCGAGAGCAGAAAAGACCCUUCAUUUGACAGAUAACAAUAGUGAGAGUAGAAAUAAGGCCCAGAGAGGAGAGGAGCUUCCCCAAGGCGGCACAGCUGGGCAGGUCUGCUGAUUCCCAGCUCAUUGCUCCCCAGUGCCACUGGACCAUGAGCUUCCCGGCGGGCCUGGUAGUGUCUGAUUAGACCAGUGCUGCUGGGCCCAGCUUGGCGGCUGUCUCCUUCCUGAGACGGUAGAAUUCUGGGUAGCUCUGGAUAGUCAGAGGUCCCACAAGCAUCUUGGCAGGCAGCUGAAUUCUUUUCAGCUCUGACCCAGAUGGCUGUGUUCAAACUUGAGACCGGGAGGAGCCCUGAGCUCUACAUCAGAGGGUCCAGCCAGCCCCGUGGGCACCACACUAUAAACUGAACUUGACCCAAGCCAGGGCUAGAGUCCGUUUACCCUUGGCAGAAAUGUGACUUCCUAUUUCUGAGCAGGAAUCAACUGACUUAUAAAGCAGGCUCAGAAGGUCUGUUGGACAUCAAACAGAUCGUGCAGAGUGCUAUUUGGAUGAGAUAAGUGUAAAGGAAUUAGAAACACACAGGCCAGAUUUCCCUCUGUUCAGGGCAGAGUGUGGCAUAAGAUGAAUUAAGAUGGAGCUUGAGGUUAAUUAAAAAAGAAGCAUUUGGUAAACAGUCCAGGCACCUGACCGCCUGCCCAGAUCGGUGCCAGGCACAAGGCCAAAGAGGUGAAUGAAAGUGGUGUGUGAUUAUCUAGCACACGCAGUACCAGGCUCUGUGCUGGGGCCACAUCUAGCUGCCUUUCUUGGUGGAAAAGAACUUAUCAUCAAUAUGGAACAGGCAGCCCAACCCUGGGUUCCUAGAAGGAGCCUUAGAGGUCACCCUGCCUAGGCCUCUGGCCACAGGCAGACUUCCCGGGUCCCUCCUCUGUGCAGGCUGGGAGAGUCCAAACUCUCCCUCCACCAAUCACUCAAGUGUUUAGAGAAAGACGCAUGGGCAGCAGAUGGAUGGGCCGACUGAUCAGAUAGACACGUGCUGACGGAACAACCGGAGGCAUUGUGAAUUAGACAUCUGCAGCCCAAGUUCACAGAUCCCUGACAAUCACCCACUGGCCAGGAUUUGAAAUGAACUGAGCUUGCUGACUUACUUCCCAGAAGACCUCAGACAUGUGUACGGAAAUCUGCGUGGCUGGGGCACUUGAAUUCUCCUCCCUUCCUGGGCCAGGGAACCACCAUUCAUCUUCAGCCACUCACGCGCUUUGGAAUGAUCUAUCCACCACUGCUGACUUUUUUUUCCAGCACAUUCUACAUGCCACACCUCAUAAAAUGCCCCUGUGGCUCUGAGAGCAUCAUGUGCAUGUCUUAGGACCUUCACAUUUGACCUUGAGGCAGGCAGAGAAGAUGGAAGGACUGAGAGCCAGCAUGUCAGUGGCGGCCCUGAGUGCCGUCCCUCAGGAUAGCUGACUGAGAGACCAAGGGCCUUUCUGGCUCGAGUCAGCGUGGCCGUGUCUUCUCCACUCCCUCCGGGCUGUCCUGACGCACCAGCAGCCAGGUGAGGCAGGGCAGUGAAGGUGUGUGAGUCAAGUUGCGGGGAACCACAGAGCGCAUUGAGGCCCCCUCCAUCUCUGAGAUUCAAAGACCUGGAAUCUGCGAAUCAUGGAAGUAUGUACUGACUGGCAAAUUCGGCUUUGCACAGAAAGACUGUGAGUGGAUUUUUCCACUUACAUUACACUGAAUGCUCUGUCAUCUACUUGCUGGCCUCAGCUAGAUUUGCGCAAGCCUCGGGACUCAGGAAACUUGUCCCAUUUGCCUGGUCUCUGGCCUGGGGCCAUGGUCACAAGGGAUCCCAAAGAAAGGUCCUCCACCAAAAGGAAAGUUUAUGAAAAUACCGUGAAUGACGAGAGAGGGUCCACCUGAGAAUGGCAGCUUUGCUGGUAUCCUGUGUAGCGGAGAACAGAGUUGGGGCUGGGGACAUGCCCCUCAGCCUGGCAUUCUACACCCUCCACGAUCGGGCCCUGCUGACCAUGCCAGCCUCUCCUCUCACCUCUCCUGCUCUGUGCUUAGCCAGACUGAAGCCUAUUUGUUACUUCCAGAAUAGACGGGAUGUUUCACACGUGCUACUUCCUAGGCCUAGAAACACCAUUUUCUUGCCCCUUAUCCUCUGAGGAUCAACUCAGCACCUCCUCCAGGAAGCCCUCUGAGUUGAGACUGUGUCUCUGCUCUCCUAUUGGACUGUGAGUUCCUCGGUGGCAAGGGUCACAGGCCUUCAUCUUUGUAUCCUCAUUGGACACAAAGAUGGCCCUCAAAAAGUUGUGGAGAGGGACAGAGGAAGAAAAGAAUGAAGGAGACAGAGAGGCAUACCUUAGCUCUGCUGUGGAGUGGUCUCUGCAAAGCCAAAGCUGUCGGCAGAUGGCAGGUGCCCCACAGGUGGGGAGCUUCUGUCCAAGAGGUGUGUGAGCAGUGGCGGCAGGCCCGCUGGCUGGAGACGUGGUAGGAGGGUUGAAGUCUUGGUGAGGGAGUCGGGUAGGGUCCCUCCUGGCUCUUUAAUGCUCAGGUUCUUUGAACAUUGUUAGUUUUCCAAAAAUUCAUCUAAGCAGCCAAAAAAAUCACCCAGGCUGGCUGUC